CAGGAGGCGAGGCUGGCCCCACACGCCGAGAGGCAAGGAGGCGGAGGAGUGGCGGGUUACGAAAAGUGACCUUGGCGACCCCAAACGCCCCCGGCCUCCUUCGCUGGCUGCUGCACCUGCCCGCGGAGCACGGCGAGCUGCCGGCGAGGCUAUGGCGAGCCCCGCGCCCUUAGCGGCAUCCAUCAGCCACCAAAUGGUAGCUCUGCACACCCUGCAGCUGCUGCAGCAAGAGUGGGGCUGGGGCGAUGCUCCAGGCGCUCCCGAAGGCUCGCACGACCUGGACUGCGUGUCCACCGCCCCAGCCUGUCGCUCAGGCUCACGGCUGGCCCGGCUGGGGCCCGGGUGCGAGGAGGAGAGCGGGGGCAGGGGCGCCAGGAAUGGGGGUUCCUGGGCUCAGGCGAGCUCCCCCGAGGCGGAAGUGAUGCGAGGCGCCGAGGGGGGCAGGAAACUGCUGCCCUUGCCCCGGGGCCGCGGGCCUGCCUGCACCCUGGCCGGGAGGGCGAUGCGCUGCGCGCUGGCCCGCGUAGCGGACUCGACCUCGGGGCUGGUCAGCGUGGAGCAGACGCUGCUGGCCCCCCUCCAGCAGGAGCGGUCCUUCCCCAUCCACCUGAAGGACAGUGUUGAGUUUAGAAACAUCUGCAGUCAUUUGGCUCUACAACUUGAAGGACAGCAGUUUGACAGAGAUCUGAAUGCUGCCCACCAGUGCUUGAAGACGAUAGUCAAGAAGCCGAUUCAGUCACUUGCUAGUCUUCCUUCGGAUGUCCACGUGGUAGCCUGUGCUUCCUUGAGACAGAUCUUACAGAAUCUCCCAGACACAUGAGUGGUCAAGAUACUGGAAUUAAAGCCACAGCUAGCACUGCUAAGAGCACUGGGUACCUGAAAUUCCUAGACAAUGGAUAUUUUUAUUCCCAGUAGUAAGUAGAGGCUUGAUAGCAUAUAUAGCAGUCUAGCCAGUGGCAGCUGUACCCUUUGGAGUUAUAGCAAAUUGGUGAAAAAAAUUUAAAGCAGCAGUUUACAUUUUUAAGUGUGUUUUGAUCAAAAUAUAUUCCACUUUGUGGAACUGAUUAGAUUAUAUCUGUAUAUACAUUUGUUAACCUGUAUAUUAAGUAUUAAUUGAAUGACACCUUAAUCUAUCCUCAUAUUAAUGUAUGAGUAUGAGGCUUAAUAUAGUUAUUUGUAUGAUUAAAGCUCCAUGGUUUUUAAAAUUAUCUUGAUAAAUAGGCUAUUUGAUAAUUGAUAUGUUCUACUUACUGAGCCCUUCAUUUUUUGUUAUGAGAAUGCUCUUUAGAUGUUUCAGGACCACAACCACAUGUGUCAGUAAUUAUGAGUUCCAAUCCUGGCAUCAAUAGCUUGCUGUUGGGCAGGAGAAGAGCUGCUUCUAAACCUUGUGCUUUCAAAUACUGAUUUGUAAAUUUCAAAUGAUAAUGAGCUAUGAAGUACCAAGGGUAUAUGAUAUGUAAAUACAAAGUACAGUAUUAUGAAAGUCUCAUGCGGAAACAUCUAGCUCUUCAUACUCUUUAUAAAUACUCCUACUGAAGUAGAAAAUUCUUGUGAAAAAAAGGAAGGCAUGGAUAUGAUGGCAGGUUUCCCUAAACAUUUAGAACCAGGAAGAGAGAGAGUGACCUUUUUUUGCAGCAACAAUCUGCACAUGCUUAAGAAAAACUAAAUUUCCUGUUGUUUAGCAAUGACUGUGUUGAGAACCAAAGGUAAAUUGAAAGGCUGAUUUUCCCUUAACGUUUUAAUAGAAAUGGCAUCAGAUUUAGGGGAAAAAAAGGGUAUAGUGUACACACAUGUUUUCUAAAGGAAUUAUAAACUGUGUCUAUAUGAUAAGAUUAUAUCUACUGUUAAAAAUUAAGUGCUAAUAAUAAUCAAAGCCUUUCUAAUCCCACAUAUUCUAAUCCUAGUUUGUUACACAUAUUUUCUUCCACAAUCUUAGGAUAAAAAAAGUAAAUUUAUUGCUCCUCUUUAGAUGUAACUGAUCAUUUUCACAGAAGAGGAUU